GUCAAAUUACAUGUACGUACGAUUUUAACCUCAAAAGAGUUUCAUUAUUUUGCGUGGUUUAUGGCUGUAACUCGCGUAGCGGUUAUCUUGGGGGAAAUAUUAGAUGAGGAGCAGAAACCAUCGUUGGUAAAAGAUGCCAUUCCAGGUUUAACCAGCUGCCCAUCGGAUUUGCUUGCCAAGUUCCAGUCACAUUUAAAUGGAUUAACAAGCAAUCAACAAUGUUCGUUGGAGUGCAUCUUCUGUCAUCAGAGUGAAGAUUUCGAGUUUCGGAUACUAUGUCGUCCUUCAUUGUCUGCAAUUACAUCACUUUUGACAAGUUACUUAGUCCCACCGAAAAAGCCUGACGUUGCCGUGAAUGUUAUUCUUAUUUAUGCUGGUUUAUUGUCCGAGGGGUCGGCUCAUUGGUUGUUACCCGAUUGUGUACUGACGCCUGCAUUCUUAGUCGACUUCAUUCAUCAUUUGUCGACGCUUCAUCCUAAGUCGGAUGAUGCAGAAAAUCAACCAUGUCCAAAACCCAUUCGUCUUCAUAUUGGUAUUGGAGGUGUUACAUCUGGUGGGGAAUGGCGUCAAUUGGUUAAUACACCACCCCAGUCUAUUGGAGGUCAUACAUUCCAAGUAACAGUUAAUCGUUGCCGUACAACACCAAAGGCCAAAGGUCAUGGGCCUACAGAUAUUACUUCUCCGUCUGCUAGUUCGUUCGAUUUCGAAAGUUUUCUAUGCGAUGUAAUGUCAAAACUGCCAGAUCCUUAUUGUCCACCUCUUAGUCAAGCAUUGACAAUGCGUUCACCAACUGAUCCUACGAUUAAAGUUUCUAAACCAUGCAUUUAUGUAUUUCCUGAAGGUUCUGGACAAGCUUCUAUAUUAGCCUUACCAGGUUACACUAUGUUAAUCAAUGGAGGGUGUAGUUACAAGCCAAAUUUUUGGCCUGUUGCUAAUUAUCUUGAUGGGCUAGAUUCUGUUUUUCUCACUCAGUGGAGUGUUGACAAUUUACUCGGUCUCAGUGAAAUUCUUCCAACAGUGUUUACACCAAAGAACAACAACAACGAUAAUAGCAAUAAUAAUCAACCGUUUCUAUGUUUACUAACUCCUCCACCGAAUAUUAGUCAAACAAAAGUAAAUUUGACUGGACAACAACAAGAUAGUCAAUUACAGUUUCCAAUUAGUCUACCAAUGCAUUUUUCUAAUUUAAUUGGAAAGUUAAAACGUGCCGGAACCAAUUUAGUUGUUUAUCCACUUACCCGUGGAGGAAAACAAUCCGUGUUGCCUAAAUCAAUACAAUUGUUCCAGAAAGUAGGUCAAGGUUCUUUGGAGCUAUUCCCAUUGACUCCAGGAGAUGAUGAUUCUGCAGAAUUACGCAAGUUGACAGAUGACUGGUCUAAAGCUUCACCCUCCUUGAUGACAACAACUGUUCCGUUAAGCAGAACACCUGGGAACAAAACCUCUGUUCCAUUGCUUUCGUAUACGAGUGUAUCAGCUUUAGUUGUUUGGAAACCGGCUAAAGACACUGAACCUAUACUCCGUAUUCUUUUCGUUUCACCAAAUGCACAUCAAACGCGUAUUUUGUCAAGUUUAGAUGCGUUAAUUUCUGGUUUCAUUUACCUUCGUCAUUCAAAAGCUGUGCCUGCAGAGUAUGAACGCAAACGACCAGUACAACCGUUAAGCGCAGGCAUACGACGCCCCACAGUAGCAACAACAACAACACACGCUGCAUCUGCUAGUAAUGAAAGUAUUGCCAAUUCGACUGGGCAAAAUCAUCACAAUACAGCUCGAUUGUCUCAAGUGCCGAAAAAGACUGCAGCUCAGCGACCACCUUCAUCCGCCUCAACAUCAUCGAAAAAUGUGACAAAUAAACCUUCGCCUUUGACAAAAACACCUGUCAAAGUGGACGAAUCAUCCAAAGACAAAACUGCCGCGGAAGCGAAUUCACAACACCAUGAAACUUGUGCUAACGAUGAUGUGCUUCCUUCUCCUGAGAAUUUACCUGCUGAAUCAACUGAUAUCAGCUCAGAUAUUAUGAACGGUGAUGAUGCAAACAACAUCAAUGGUGGAGCUGACGACGUUAUUAUGCAUAAACCAGCAAAUGGUUAUGUGAAUGAUGCAUCAGAUUGUGAACCUUCUUCAGGGGAUUUGAAACAGCCUAUCAAUAAUGGGGAUGCUAAUGAGUUUAUUAUUCAUAAUAAUAAUAACAACCUGAAUAUGAAUAUGAAUACACCAAUCAAACUUCAAGAGCAUGCACAACAAGAAUUCCACACUGGUGGUAUUCCACAAGAGAAUGAAGUUUCGCCAACUGAUGGUUUUAAGCAUGAUCCAAUUGCUUCAUGGGGGAUGCCACAGAAUUUACCAUUGCCAACAGGUCCUGACGCUUCAAAGAAACCACCACCACCAGCUGCUGCUGCCGCUACUGGUGCAACUACAAAUGGAGAUAAGAAGCCAACAUCUCAUAUGCCAACGAGACGACUUACAUCUGUCAACAGUGCUUCAUUGAAUGUGAAUAAAACUAGUCGUCUUUCUCUUGCUCCACGUCCAGCUACACAUACGAAUGGAUCUAACCAAUCAACUGCUACUUAUUCACCUGGUUAUACUAUUGCCUCAGGGCAUAUAACUAGUGGCAAAGCACCAUUACCAUCACCAUAUGAUAAAGUUAAACCAAUUUAUGUCGAUGUUGCAUUUCUUCCAGGCGGUGGAAAUCCGAAUUACGUUGAUGCUGAAUGGUUUAAACGUGUUAGGGCACGGUAUUAUGUAGCCACUGACGUAAGACCUACUUGUUCACUUUUAGAAUCUUUAGUUGUCGGCAAAGAAUCAUGGAAUGGUGAUGAUGCUCAACUCGAAGUGUCUUUAGUACUCGCUUAUGAAACAGAAGAAUUAUUAAUUUGGCUUGGUGUAAAUGCUGGUCGACUGAAUGCUUGUCACAUAAAUUUAGCUUCAGUAAUUUCACGUUCAAUAAUUCAAAUUAUGAAUGAAGCAACAUCAUCGACUGGAGACGGUCGUCUCAGUUAUCCCGGCUAUCGUAUUGAUCUAUUGUGAAGAUGAAUAUACAUUUACAUUAAAUGAAGGAAUCUCACAGUUACUCAUCUCUUAGAAGAGACGUAUAUAGCUUUUACUCUAUACAUAUAUAUACAUACAUACAUGCACACGUCUAUAUGCACAUUUACAAUUAGAUUGUUAUGAAUUUACACAUUAUAGUACUCAUUCACGGGGAAUGUUGUUCGUUUUCGUCUUUUCUUUUCUUUUUGCUUGUGUUUUUCGUUUGUAUUCCACUCCACUCCACCCCCCAAAAAGUAUCUUUGUCAUUAUCAAUCUUAAGCCAGUGUGAAUGAAGGUGGUGAAUUGUGUGUGUUUCCUUUACUGUUGUUGUAGUUGUUGCUGCUGUUAAUGUUGUCGCUCCUGUCAUCUAUCUAUAUGAUGACAUUUCUCUACAGCUGAAAAUCUUUUCAUUGCACAAGAUGCACAAUAGGCCAAUGUUUAAUUUGUACUGCAUUGGUUUGAGCUCAUUUAUAUAUGCAUCCAUCUAUGUUGCUAUAUUUCUCGCUCUCUCUUAUAUAUAAAUGAAGUUGGUUCUUUGUCUUCUCUAAAUUGUGUUUUUUAUUAAUCAUCACAUGACUCUGAAAUGAUGUAAUACGCCUUGUCUUCUUCUUCUCCUACAGACAGACAGACAGUAGUUGUAGGAUGAAGAUGCUACGAGAUUUGAUGUUGUUGUUGUUUACUGUUAUCGCCGAAAGUUGGCGAUAUCAUUUUUGCUGAGUAGGAGGAUGGAAUGAUGAAUAGGACGCAAAUAAAUCGCAUUUCUAUACAUCCACAUUAUAUUUUGCAAUUUAUUUAUUUCUCUCUUUAUAUAUAUAUAUAUAUAUAUAUAUAUAUAUAUAUGCAUAUUCUUGUUCUUAGCAUUAUUACGUAAUGCUGCUACCAUUUCGUAUUCGUUAUUGCAUAUAUAUUGGCGAGUGUGUGUGUGUUCCUCUUUGUUUUCGCAUUUUUUGUCUUCUCUCUUUGAAGAAAAUCAAAAUGCGCAUAUAUCUGCAUACAUUCCUCAUUCUCACCGGCUUCUCUGUCGUCUAAGUCUUACUGUACUACUACAUACGGUCUCUUUUUCAAAAUAUAUACAUAUUGUUAUACUAUUAGUAUUA